AUGGACGUGGACGUGGACGUGGACGUGGACGGACGUGGACGUGGACGUGGACGUGGACGUGGACGUGGACGUGGACGUGGACGUGGACGUGGACGUGGACGUGGACGUGGCGUGGACGUGGACGUGGACGUGGACGUGGACGUGGACGUGGACGUGGACGUGGACGUGGACGUGGACGUGACGUGGACGUGGACGUGGACGUGGACGUGGACGUGGACGUGGACGUGGACGUGGACGUGGACGUGGACGUGGACGUGGACGUGGACGUGGACGUGGACGUGGACUUGGACGUGGACGUGGACGUGGACGUGGACGUGGACGUGGACGUGGACGUGGACGUGGACGUGGUGUGGACGUGGACGUGGACGUGGACGUGGACGUGGACGUGGACGUGGACGUGGACGUGGACGUGGACGUGGACGUGGACGUGGACGUGGACGUGGACAUGGACGUGGACGUGGACGUGGACGUGGACGUGGACGUGGACGUGGACAUGGACGUGGACGUGGACGUGGACGUGGACGUGGACGUGGACGUGGACGUGGACGUGGACAUGGACGUGGACGUGGACGUGGACGUGGACUGGACGUGGACGUGGACGUGGACGUGGACGUGGACGUGGACGUGGACGUGGACGUGGACGUGGACGUGGACGUGGACGUGGACGUGGACAUGGACGUGGACGUGGACGUGGACGUGGACGUGGACGUGGACGUGGACGUGGACGUGGACGUGGACGUGGACGUGGACGUGGACGUGGACGUGGACGUGGACGUGGACGUGGACAUGGACGUGGACGUGGACGUGGACGUGGACAUGGACGUGGACAUGGACGUGGACGUGGGUGUGGACGUGGACGUGGACGUGACUGGACGUGGACGACAUGGACGUGGACGUGGACGUGGACGUGGACGUGGACGUGGACGUGACGUGGACGUGACGUGGAUUGGACGUGACGUGGACGUGGACGGACGUGGGAUGGACGUGGUGGACGUGGACGUGGACGUGGACGUGGACGUGGACGUGGACGUGGUUGGACUGGACGUGGACGUGGACGUGGACGUGGACAUGACGUGGUGGACGUGGACGUGGACGUGGGAAUGGACGUGGACGACGUGGACGUGGACGUGGACGUGGGUGGACGUGGACGUGGACGUGGACGUGGACGUGCGUGGACGUGUGGCAUGA